AUGUCCGGCACAGAGAUGGCACCGACGUCUGGUGGUGGCAGCAACGCCAGCGAAUUCCCCCUCUACAGCAUGCUUGAAGAUCCUUCCCACCAAGAUGUCGCGCGGUGGGGAAAGGUCGGCGACUCCUUUGUCGUUGUCGAAGGCGAGAAAUUUACACGCUCGAUUCUGCCCAAGCACUUCAAGCACAGCAACAUGUCAAGCUUCAUUCGCCAACUCAACAAAUACGACUUCCACAAGGUCAAGCCCUCGGGUGACCACGACAGUUCCUCUCCGCUAGGCAAUAUUCUCGAGUUCAAACACCCCCAUUUCCGCAUCGACAGCAAAGAUGAUCUCGACAACAUCCGCCGCAAGGCUCCCGCUCCCAGAAAGGCCCCCGUCUCGGACGACAUAACCACAACCCACCACAUCAAUGCAAUGUCAGAGCAACUGGCCGCUACCCAACAACAAGUGCAGCAGCUCCAGGAGCUGUAUGGCGAAGUCCUGCAGACCAACAAGAUUCUCGUCAACGAGGUUCUCAAUAUUCAAAAAAUCCUCUCCAUGCAGAAGCAGGCUUCUCACGAAGUGCUCAACUACCUCACGCCCUACGAGGGAGCCACCUCGGCUGUGAACAAUCACGGCAACCACAGCGGCGCCAACGGCGCCAACGGCAACGGCGCCCAGCCCGUUACUUCCAACGGCCGGGGGGGCGCAGAGACAGAGGAGCCCGUGCCUGAGCUACGGAGAGCUCGCGAGCUCCUCACCAGCAUCAACACCGAGACGGCCGCCGAUCGUGAGCUUGACCGACUCCAGCACAUGUACGGCUCACCCGCCGAUUCGAGCGCCAUGGUCACACCCACCUCGAUGGGUAUACUUAGCGAUCCCAUGCACGACAUCAACCGCUAUCCCGUCUACCCUGUUGGACAGACAGUCGGUAUCGACCCCUUCCACGCCGAUCACAUCAACAAGAUCCCAUAUGCUGUGCCCGCCGACCUGAACCCCGGUGUCAUGAUGGAGCGAACCCAGAUCACCCAGCCGCCUCAAGGGCCCGGCAUGACGGCCACGGCUGGUCCCACCAACGGUGCCGACAGUGUAUGGGCUAAGAAGCCCCUCGUGCUCCUGGUCGAGGACGACCCGACAUGCACCAAGAUUGGCAUCAAGUUCCUGGGGACAAUGGGCUGCGAAGUGAAGCAUGCACCCAACGGUGCCGAGGCCUACUCUCUCAUCAUCAACGGCCCCGACCGCGACAACUAUGACAUGAUCUUCAUGGACAUCAUCAUGCCUCGUCUGGAUGGCGUCUCGGCUACGAUGUACAUCCGUCAGACCAACACGACGAUACCCAUCAUUGCCAUGACGUCAAAUAUCCGCCCCGAGGAAGUCAAUGGCUACUUUGAGCACGGUAUGAAUGGAGUGCUGGCAAAGCCCUUUACCCGUGACGGUCUGUCGAAAUCCAUCCGCGCACAUCUGGGCCAUCUCAUGAAAAACCCUCCGAAUGAUGGUGAGAUGGGAUCCAGUGCCGGAUACUACCCCCUGGACGGGCAGCAGCAGCAGCAGUUCCUACACCAGAAUCCCGCAAAGUACGAGGCGCAGACGCCGCCUGCCAACGCACAGAACUGGUCGACCGGCCUGGACCAGGGCUACUUUGGUAUGAAUGGAGGCGGCCAGUACAACAACAUUGGGUCUAACCCUCACUCCAUGUACUCGACCAACAUGUCCUCUGCCGACACAAACUCGCGGCUGUCGGAUGGCGAGAGCCCACCCGUCAAGAGACAACGGACGACCGCCCAGGGGUACUAG